UUUAUAAAAUAAUAUGUCAUUGAAAUUGUAUAUUGAUUGGUUAUCCUAACCAUCAAGAUUUGUUUCUAUUGUGUUAAACAUCUUAAAAGUUCCACAUGAAGUAGUAGAGAUAAGAAUAGCAGAAGGAAAACAGCGAACUCCAGAAUAUGCAAAAAUAAAUCCAUACAGAAAAGGUAUAUAUGAUAAGAUUAAUCAUUUAUCUUAGUUCCUGCUAUUGUUGAUAAGGAUGGGUUUUAACUUGCUGAGAGUCAUGCAAUAAUUAAAUACAUUAUAAAAUCAAGGAAUAUAAAGACUAAUUUAUAUCCUGAAGAUCCAUAAUAAUCAGGAAAGAUUGAUGAAUAUUUAGAUUAUCAUCAUACAGGUACAAGAAAGUUAGCAUAAUACUUUUUUAAUUUGAUGGUGGCUCCAAAAUUAGGAAUAGAAACUACUGUUAAUUUAGAGUAAGCUAAAAAGGAAGCUUUAUUAGCAUUGAAAUUUUUAGAAACAAGUACAUAAGCCAUUAUAUAAAUUAUAGAAUUUUCAACAUAAGAUUAUAUUUGUGGAAAAGAAAUAAGUUUAGCUGAUAUAAGUGCUUAUUGUGAAAUAAUGUAAUUACAUAUGGUAAAUUGGGAUUUUUCUAAAUAUCCAAAUAUUUUAAAUUGGAUGUAAAGAGUUACAUAAAUAAAAGAAGUUAAUGAAGGACAUGAAGUAUUAUAAAAGAUAGUUCAGAAGAUAAGAAGUAAACCUAAAUUAUGAUAUUUUUAUUAUUCAUAUAU